AUGAGGUCCACCUGCUUUGAUUCCAGUCAGAUUGAAGUUGGAGAUCUUGUAGUUUGGUUGCGUUUCAGAUUUGAGGCCUCUGUGUUUUCGUGGACAAAAUGUCUCGAGCUCAGCCCAUUUACUGUGACAACUUCUGCUCUCCUCUGACUGAAGAUGUGGAGGAACUGCUGUCCCACUUCCAGCAGAUCGACUCCGUGCGAUUCGAGGAGUUCUCAGCCAUUUGGCGAGAGAUGGCAUUCUCAGAUAUGUUCUUGGGUAUUCCCAGCACGGGUGAAAUGAAGAGAUUCUGCAGGGUCACGUUGGCUACGGCCGUGAAGUACUUCCUGCCGCCGUACAGCUACCAGAUUCGAGUUGGAGGCUUGUACUUGCUGUAUGGUUUUUACCACCUGCAGCUUUCUGUACCACCUUUGAAGAUCAGGCUGGCUUUGAAGGACUGGGAUUCAGUACAGAAGUUUCUCAGAGAUGCUGUAAAUGCUGGCCACUACGAUGUAGUUUACGUCUUCAAGAAACUCGCAGCUGCCAAAGCCAUACACUACACGGCUAUGCCACAUUUUCUUACCUUUCAAAAGCAGAGAAUACCAAAGAGGGAACCCAUGUGUGCAGACCUCCUGGGGAGGACUGUGGCAGUCCGUGAGCUCAUCUCUGUGGAGAAGAUAGAAGAGAUUGCCAACAUCCAAAGCCACUACGAGAAGCUGAAGCAGGGUACUGUGGAAGUCCAGUCCAACAUCGCCAUGAUUCAACAAGACUUUGCUACCCGCCUGAAAGACACGGUGUCUGAAUUUAUCUCUUGGCAGGAGAAGACUUUCUCCACUUCCAACAAAGUGGAGAACCCGUGUGAUGGUGAGGGAAAGGCAGCCAAGCAAACCUGCAGGACCAAACUACCGUCAGUCAAACUUGCAAGCUCCAGCUACUUCCGAGUUGCGUCAAAGAGGCAUCGCCCGGCUGAGAAAGCGGAUUCUUCCAGUUCAGAGGAUGAAGUGAGAAAGGAAAUGAGGUGCAAAAGGCCUCCAUCUCUCCGGGCCAGAACCUGUAAGAACCUCGAAGUGAUGCAAGAGGACACGAACCUCCAGUCUUGGCUACUGACUGCCCCUGACCAAGCGAACAUCCCAGUGAAGAAGACCAGCCACGUUGCACCAGUAAUCUUGGAACUGGCUCAGCACAAAACCUCAAAAACUGUUUGGGCCACAACUCCCUGUGAGAAGCUGGUCUGGGGCAACCAGGAGCCGAUAUGGCCCGUCUCGCCUUCGGCACUCGGAGCCGUCCCAUCUGCAAGAAUCCUAUACCUAGCCAAGCACAAGAGAGACUUCUCAGCAGGCGAUGAUCCCUGGAGGAAGAAGCAGGAGGAGGAGGAGGUGGAAAACGCCUUCAGGAAAACUGUGGGUCCUUCCUCCAAGUCAUCUCAGUAUGAGCACAUUGAGCAUUUGUCAACGCCCAAAACCAGGAGUCGCAGCUCACAGGAAAUUCGACGUCCUCACACGGCUCACUGUGAGCCAAACUGUCCAAUCUGGCAUGUUGGUCGUUCAGCGAAGGCGGCUGUGGUCACGCCGCGCCUUCUUCAGCUCUCCAACCCCAAACGAAACCAUCCAGACUUCCAGAGAGAUCGAGAUAGUGCCACAUCCAUCGUUUCCUUUGCAUCUAAAAGCACUCAGGCCUCUCAGCGAUUGGUGGAGCUGUCGCUGCCACGCCUGAAGGACACCAGCAUCUACUGCAAGCUUGGACAGCCCGAGGAAUCCAUCUGGAUUGUUUCCAGGGCAGCGAGGAGAGCCACAGCGAGUGCUCGCAUCAACAGCCUGGCGACACUGAAGCAGCUUCACAAAGACUAUGUCGUGCCACGAAACCCAGAGUGGAACCAACAGAAUGCCUGCUUUGCCUGAAUGUUCCUCAGCAUCAGCGUCACCUACCAAUGACGUCCGGUAUCAGUCCCUUGCCGGCACAGAGAGUGAUGUAAUACCUCUAUAGCUGUUACGAUCCAUGUUAUUAGAUUCGAUUAGACAGAACUUUAUUGAUCCCUUGGGAAGACUCCCUCAGGGAAAUUGAGGUUCCAGCAGCAUUGUAUAGCAGCACACAGGGUAAGAAGCACACAGAGUAUCAAAAGUGAAAGCAAAAAAAAGUUUGCAAUAUAAAUACCACACAUACUGAUCAAUACUGGCUUACUGGCUGCUACUGUUCCUCUCAUUCCUGACCUCUGUCUUCCUGGUACUCCUUCCCUUCCCCAAGUGAGGCCUCUUCCCUUUCCAAACUCACAGUGAAAUUGGUUAGAUCAGCUUUUUUGGCUUUCUUUUUUUAAGCUAUAACAUUCUGAUCUGUGGAGCAUCAAAUAGCCUAGAAAACAAUGAUGGGUGAAUUACGAAAAAUAAGCAACAUCUGCAGAAAAUAAUGUGACACCUGCAGCCACUUC